AACCAGAACUAAAGACCAACCACAGAGCAUUAUGAGUGGGGGAAAGGAACUGGUGCUAGACACCCUGAGGAGGGCAACAAGUCAGGACGCUGCAACCCUCAAACCUGCUGAACAGCAGCUACAGGAAUGGGAGACAGAACCCGGGUUUUAUUCAACUUUAGUCGAGAUCUUUUCGGAACACAGCUUAGAAGUGAAUGUCCGAUGGUUAGCUGUGUUGUAUUUCAAGAAUGGCGUUGAUAGAUAUUGGAGGAAAACGGCUCCCAAAGCAAUUACAGAAGAAGAAAAGGCUCGCAUAAGAUGUGGGCUUUUACACAACCUUCGAGAACCUGUGCCGCAAGUUGCCACACAGCUGGCAGUUCUCAUAGCCAAGAUUGCCAGGGUGGAUUGUCCAAGAGAGUGGCCAGACCUGCUGCCUGCACUCUUUGAAGCAGUUAAAAGUUCCGACCAGUUGGUGCAGCACAGAACGCUUCUCACUCUGCAUCAUGUUAUUAAGCAACUUGCAUCCAAAAGGCUAGCAGCUGAUAGAAGGACGUUUCAGGAGCUGACAAGCCAGAUGUUUACAUUCCUGCUAGAGUUAUGGAGAUCAGAGACAGAGGCUUUCCUUGUGGCUUCCGGGCAGAACAAUGAGGUCAUGGUCCCCUGCUUGGAGCGGUCACACCUAUCUCUGAAAAUUCUUCGGAAAUUACUUAUCCAUGGGUUUAAGAAGCCUCAUGAGAAUCCAGAUGCUACCAUGUUUGUAGAAGCAGUAUUUGAUCGUAUCAAAGUGAUGCUUGACUUCAGGAAACAGCACGAAAAUAAUGAACAUAUAAAGACUAUUGGCGGGAAAUACGUGGUUCUCCUAACCAAAGUGUUAUUGGAUAUGCUAGAAAAUUACCCCUUUUCCUAUCUCCAGUUUAUAAAGCCAAGUUUAGACCUAACGACGUACUAUGUGUUCACACCAGCUGGGGAGGGACUGAUCUUCGAACGAUUUACUGUCCAGUGCCUGAACCUGAUCAAGACCAUCUUGCUGUGCCCAGAGUACAAGCCAUGCAAGGUCAUUGAAGACACCAAGGACCCACAGACACUGGAGGCAUUCAGGAUCAAGUCUGAGUUCUUCACCAACACUGUGUUGGCAGAGAUGUGCCACAAACUUAUCUCACACUACUUCCUUCUGACACAGGAUGACUUGGAGGCCUGGGAUUCUGACCCGGAAGGUUUUUGCAUGGAGGUGGAGGGAGGGGAGUCCUGGAAGUACAGCUUGAGGCCCUGCACAGAGACCUUAUUUGUAUCCUUGUUCCAUGAGUAUAGAAGCGCACUCACGGCUGUGCUGAUGGACAUGGUCCGGUCUUCCCACAAGCCCGUUGAGCCGAGUGACUACCAUGGGAUCCUCCAAAAGGAUGCUGUGUAUAAUGCAGUGGGCUUGGCGGCUUUUGAGCUAUUUGAUGACAUCGACUUUGACCAGUGGUUCACCUCCUCACUCAUCAACGAACUCAAGGUCAAAGACUCCAACUACCGCAUCAUCCGGCGCCGUGUCAUCUGGCUCAUUGGCCAGUGGACCAGUGUCAAGUUCUCGCCUGAGCACCGGCCCACUUUGUAUGAGGCCUGCAUCCACCUCCUGUCAUCCGAGGAAGACUUUGUGGUCCGCCUCAGCGCAGCCAUGACUCUGAAGCAUUCUGUAGAUGACUUUGAGUUCGACCCUGAAAAGUUCAUGCCAUACCUCCCAACUAUUUUUGGGCUCUUGUUCAACCUUCUCAAAGAGGCACAUGAAUGUGAUACCAAAAUGCAGGUCCUUCAUGUAAUGUCCUUCAUGAUUGAGGUUGUUGGUGUUGGCAUCCAGCCACACGCAGCCCCCUUAGCCCAGUACCUCCCAGGGCUUUGGGAUGAAUCUGCCGACCACAACAUGCUUCGAUGUGCCAUUCUCACCACACUUGUACAUAUGGUUACUGGAUUAAUGCGUGAAAGUGAAGGCCUGCAUGAAUUCUUGAUCAACAUUAUUCGCAUAUCGACUGAUGUCCGGGAAGACUGUCAUGUGUACUUGCUUGAGGAUGGUCUGUUACUUUGGCUGACCACCCUUGAGAAUACAGCAACGCCUCAUGAUGCUCUUCUUCAGUUGUUCGACAACAUGCUACCUCUUAUGGAGAUUUCGUCAGAGAACUUGAGACUUUGCUUGCAGAUCACAACGGCUUACACACUACUCUGCCCUCAGCAGUUCCUUUCAAAGUAUGGAUCCCGGCUGAUUGAAAGCUUCAGUUCAAUGCUGACGGACAUGAAGAGCGAAGGCACUGUCCUGGUCCUGCGAUCAGUGGAGAUGAUAAUGCGCGUCCUGCCAGUGGAGGGGGCCAACCUGGUCCAGCCUCUGAUCCCAGGGUUUGUGAAGGUGGUUGCAGAUGGGGAUCAGUACCCAAUGGUGAUGGGGAUGUAUCUGUCUGUCAUAGCAAGGCUGGUCCUUUAUGCAGAACCCAUCUUCACUUGGGCCAUAAACCAGGUUGCUGGCGACCAAUCCAAGACUCCAGAGGAGGUGUUGGAACGUGUAGUGAGCAUAUGGUCGGACAAGCUGGCCCUGACAUCCCCUGAAGAGCGGCGCAAGCUCUGUGCCUUGGGCUUGGCCUACCUUUGUGGCACUGGCUGGCCCCCAGUUCUCAAGGUGUGGCCACAUGCUGUGACAGCCGUAUCGGAGGUGGUGUUCGAUGUUACCAUGGAGGACUCCACGCAGGACAAGCUGGUUGUUAUAGGGGGCCGGUUAGGGUCACCUGAGCCAUUUGAGCUGGAGACGGAGCAUGUUGUGCGGCGGCAGGCUAUCGCGCAAGAAGAUCCAGUUCACACCAUCUCGCUGCGAGUGUUCCUCGGGCAGCAGAUGAAACGGCUGCAGCAGAGCACCGAUGUGACCACCAUCAUGACGCUGGCACAGGACCUUGAUGACAACUGCCGCAAACUCUUGGAAGAAGUGACUGUGGAGUGAGGAGUGAGUGGAGAGAGGGAGUUGGGAAGUGAGAAGGCUUAGUUUUUAGGCAGCAGGGGUGGGGCUCUCUCUCUACUCUGUCAGGUCACUGCUGUCUUUUGUGUUUGGCUGUCUUUCUUUUGAAUCUUUCUCAUUUUUCUCUUUUUUUCUCUCUCCUCUCUUUUUCAUUCUCUUUGCUUUCUGUCUUUCUCCUUGACUUCCUCUCUGUCUUGUGUUGUGUUUUUCAUGAAUCUGAUUCUCUCACUAAUUAUCCCUUACUUUAAAUCCUCUUAUUCAGUCUUCCAUUCCUCCCUUUCCUUUUUUCCUUCCUUUCUUCUUUUCUCUCCCUCCCCUUCUCUCUCUUUCUAUUUUCCUGUUUUUUCCCUCUCUGUUCAUCUCUCACUUACCCUUUACCAUUUCUUUCUCCUUGAAGAAUCUUUUGCCAAACUUAGGAGUCUAAGAAAGUAUUUGAUAUGAUUGUUGAGCACACAAAUAUUCUUCUGUAAUGUAAAAUGAUGUGUUGCUUUAAUUAUUAUGCAAAUUUGAGGGCACUUGACUUGAUCUGUUUGGGUCAAUGGAGGUGCAGUGAGGGUGUUCUUUUUAAGUGGGUCACACUGGUUGUGAAUCUUCACUGACUGCUGGAAAGAAGAAACAAAUAAAGAAAGAUGUUUAGAUGAGAAAGGAAUUGAAAGAAGCAAACAAUAAAAAUGUUAGCCAAUAAGGACAUAUCUGUACCUAGAAAAUGAAAAUGUUAUAUAUUAUUAUAAGCAGCUGUUAUAUUUUGUACAAAAAGGGAAAGGUUAGUGUUGCAGGAGGGAAAAUGAUGUUAGUCUUUAGGAGGUAUGGUUAUUUAUACACACAUAUGCAUAUAUAUAUAUAUAUGAUGUGUAAAUGUGUGUAUGUUUAGGUGUCUUGGCACACACAUACACUUAAACAGACAGACAGACAGGUACUGACACUGAUAGAGACUUGCAUAUACAUACACAGACACACAAAUACACUCAGAAGCGCAUAUGCGUAUUAUGUUAGUAUGUAUAUCAGGACUUCAAUAAAAAUCCCUUUGACCUUUGUUUGUACAUUUAUGAAACCAGUAAUGAUGUCCCAGUACAUUUAUUAAUAUAAUGUAAAACCCAAAAUUGUUUUGUCAAAGAGCUCAAAAUUACAAUGAAUCAAUUUUGAGACCUGUGAUUCCCAAGCAAGAUGAAUUGAUGAUUGUACUUCAACACUGAGCUGAAGGACGUUAAUUUAUUUUUAUUUAUUUUUUUUUUUUUAUUUUUUUUUAUUAUAUUUUUUUCUAACCAAUUUUGUUAUGUUUAUACAAGACACUAGUCUGAUCAAUAAAAAUGUAAAUGCCGUAAUUACCUCGUAAUAUUAUUAAAGAAUCGCCUUCCAAAGUUAUUGUAAAAUAAUGAACUUGUCAUGCAAUGUACUUUUUGUGAACUGGUCAGAGUCUAUUUUCUCAGUAUGGCAGUUACUGCAUGGAAGAAAAUGGUCAUCAGUAUUGACUUUAGCCUAUUGGGGAAGAAACUAGAAAAGCAGCCAAUAUAUAUGAAAAAACGUAUAUAACAUUGUGGUAGAUUUCAGAAAUAUAUAUAUAUAUAUACUAAUAUGCUGUAUGUAUGUAAAUGUGUAAUGUUAAUAUUUUUUGAUGGAAAUAUGUUCUGGCAGUCCCAUAUACACGCACUGUACAUCUUUGUACAUAUUGGUUUUAGGAGACAAGGAAUAUAUGAAAUAUGAGUUAUGUCCUAAUGAUUCAUAAUAAGAUAAGAAUUUGUAUUAUUUAUAUCACUGUUUUGGCAUGUGAUAUUCAAAGGCAUGAGUAUCCAUUUUCCGAAAAGAAUGUCAGUGUGCAUUAGCUUACUUUGCACAGAGCUAGAUAUUGGUUGUGACCUCUUGUUACUUGGUAAACUCUUUAACAAAAGAUUUUUUCUUGCUAUAAUUUGUACUAAGUUCGUUAUAUGUACUAAGAGAUACUUUUACUUGAAAACCACAUUUCUUUUUUUUUUUUUCUUUUUUUUUUUUUUUUUCAUUGUUUCUGUUUCUCUUUUUUUUAUAAAGCCAAAGUAGACUUUCCAAGCAUUUUAGGUAAUUUAUGGUAUUGAUGCCAGCAGUUUGAAAAAAACAUUUUACUAGAUAUCUGGUGGAUUUUGCUUUCUAGAUAAAUCAGUGGGUUGGUUAUUAUUUUUACUAUUUAUUUACAGUGUGUCCUCUUAAGUUUGAGUAUGUCAUGACUUUCUCUCUCUUUUUGCUUUUUUUUUCAAAUUUUAAAGUCAGGCAAUAUGGGACAAGUUUUUUUUUUUUUUAUCUUUUAUGUGCUUGCAUGUUUGUGAAACUGCGUGUGUGUCUGGUUACAUCAGUUCAUGAAUGAAGUUGAAAUAUGCAUUUUCAAACUCGCCUCCAGAUGUGUGAUACUGAAGCAACAAGACUUUACAAAGUACACUCUGUUAGUAUUCAUUAACAGUUCCUGUAUUAUUACUAUAGCUUUUUUUUUUUAUUACCUUUUUAUUUUUUCUAUUAUGAUUAUGGUUUCAGAUUAUAGACUCAAAUUUAUUGGAAAUUUGAUGUUUUCUUUACAUUUGCAAAGUUGUCUGUAGAGAAACCAAGAUCUUGAGAACGAUAAUAAAUGAAUUAAAAUAAUAAAAAAAUUGUAAUAACAAUGCUGCAGAUUUAAUUGAUUUAUCUUAGCACAACAUUGAAUAUUUUUCAUGUAUAAAAAGUUUUGUGUACCAUAUCCUUGUUCAUUUCUUCACAUCAACUCCAGGACUGUCUUCAGUUAACAUUGCAUUGCAAUAUUUCUUUAUAAACAAAGACAUGUAAUCAAUAUUCAUUAAUAAGAUUUUUUAUUUUAUAUUAACCCACUUACGACAGGUGUCGCACAUAUGAGACACCCGGAAAAGUAAACAUUCCCGGGCAUCCCGCCGGUGCAAUGUUAAAUCAGAGCUUGUGUUCUGAUUUUGUCACCUGAUUUUGAAGCCGCCCGGAAAAUAUUAUUUUCGGCUCGAAAUUGUACCGUCACUAGUGAGUUGAUUAUGAUUAUUUUCAUAUAUAUAUAUUUUUUUUUUUAUCAACGAUUGAUUUACGGUGAUUAAUGAGUUUGGCCUUGCAAGUGAACGUGCACCAGGAUUUCAAAAUUGCAUACUUGUUGAAAGAUUAUUGACCUGAAUAGUGUGUGCAUUAAAGAUUUAUUCACUUUGUGUGUGUGCGGAUUUUCGAAAAUUGAUCACUGAUAUUCCAGCUUUCUCAGAGAAUUCUUUUAGUAAAUGUUGAGAAAUGUAGCACUUGAUUCAUCUACUUUAAUUUACUGGUAUUUAAUUCAUUUAAUUCCAUAUUUUGAGGUAAUUGCAAAUAUUUCUUUGUUCAUUUCAUUCAAAACUAUAUAUGAUGAUAAUACAAAGAAAAGACAACCGAAGUAGGUCUUCUGCCACAUGUACCAAACAUUAUAAUUAAUUGCAGAGGAUCCAACUCAGUUAUUGCAUUAGAGGAUGUGUGUGAGGGAGGGGAAAAAAUCACAGCGAUAUUGGUAUAUUUUGAUAGAAUUAGCUGACGAUAUUAAAAGUGUAUAACUUGUAUUGAAGCAUAACCCAGGCUGAUACGUUAUGUGAUGUGAUACGCUUUGCCAUUUAUUUGCAUCUAAAUGGAUGUAGUUAAUAUAAACAGUAUUUUGGCUGAGGGCCUGAUGUGCAGUUUUCUUCAAUAAAAUGUUGCCAAUU